ACCGAGAUAAGGACCAAGUCUGGGCGAAACCAAAGGUCAAUGUACAUAUGUGUUACAAUUCAAUAAUACCAUCAUCAAAAUGGCGUCUCGGACUGCGGUGUGGUGUUUUUUCGGAGUUUUGGCAAUUGUAGCCGUUUACUGUAUCGAAAACGGGGAGGACAUUAUUAGAGGGAGAAUACAAAAGUUGGAGACUUUAAACAAUAAUCUUAAAAAGCAGCUUAGCAAUCAAAAGGUUGUUUAUAAUGAUCUCUUAAACGAACUGGCAACGUCAACUGAUUAUAGUGUAAAUGACAAUCAUCAUCAAAAGAGGCAGGCACUGACAUGUGAAGGCCCAAUUGUGUUCCAUGCCAGACUUCAAAACGCCAUCUACCCUAUCGGAACCAAUCAGAUCAUCGCGUACGAGGACGUAGUCACCAACGUUGGUAAUUCCUACGACUCGUACACGGGUCUCUUCCGAGCACCUGUAGGCGGCGUAUACGAGUUCAUCGCCACCAUGUGGUCCUCGGACGGCAAUUUUCUCGAGUUUGAGAUGGUGAGGAAUGGUGUGGACAUGUGUUACGGCAGGGCCAGCCAGACUAACCAGACCAUGGGGACGUGUGUCAGCAUGGUGGAACUCUCCGCGGGAGACAGGGUAUGGGUCCGACAUCUCAGAGGCAGGGGAACAUAUGCCAACGGCAUGGACUAUCCUUCAUUCGCUGGUCAUCUUGUUGUGUAGAUAUUUUACGUAAAUAAAAAUAUGAAUUACAAAA